AUGAUGAAAAAUAAUGCAAGUUCUGAAGACUUUUUUUUUCUACUGGGUUUUUCUGAUUGGCCUCAUCUGGAAGUAGUUCUCUUUGUGGCGAUCUUGAUAUUCUACUUGAUGACGCUGAUAGGCAACCUGUUCAUCAUCAUCCUGUCAUACGUGGACUCCCAUCUCCACACUCCCAUGUACUUCUUCCUCUCAAACCUCUCUUUUCUGGACCUCUGCUACACCACCAGCUCUAUCCCUCAAUUGCUGGUCAACCUCUGGGGCCCUGACAAAACCAUCUCUUAUGCUGGUUGCAUGAUUCAACUUUACUUUGUCCUUGCUCUGGGAAUCACAGAGUGUGUCCUCCUGGUGGUGAUGUCCUAUGACCGUUAUGCAGCUGUAUGUAGACCCUUGCAUUACACUGCCCUCAUGCACCCUCGUGUCUGCCACCUGUUGGCUGUGGCUUCUUGGGUAAGCGGCUUCACUAUUUCAGCACUUCAUUCAUCCUUUACCUUCUGGGUACCCCUGUGUGGACAUCGCCAAGUGGAUCACUUCUUCUGUGAAGUUCCUGCACUGCUGCGACUAUCGUGUGUUGAUACCCGUGCUAAUGAGCUGACCCUCAUGGUGAUGAGCUCCAUUUUUGUUCUCAUACCUCUCAUCCUCAUUCUCACUUCUUAUGGUGCCAUUGCCCGGACUGUACUAAGGAUGCCGUCAACCACUGGCCUUCAGAAAGUUUUUGCCACGUGUGGAGCCCAUCUUAUGGUUGUCUCUCUCUUUUUCAUUCCAGUCAUAUGCAUAUAUCUCCAGCCACCAUCAGGAAAAUUUCAAGAUCAAGGCAAAUUCAUUGCUCUCUUUUAUACUGUUGUCACGCCUAGUCUCAACCCUCUAAUCUACACUCUCCGAAACAAAGAUGUAAGAGGGGCAGUGAAGAGACUAAUAGGGUGGGAGUGGAAGAUGUGA